AUGAGUCGAGGCGGUAAGCUUGCACCCGAGGUCAAUCGAAUACUGUUCGUCAAGAAUCUAAGCUAUAACGUUACCCCAGAGGAGCUCUUCGACCUCUUUGGCAAGUUCGGACCAAUCCGUCAAAUCCGCCAAGGUAUCGCGAACAAUACAAAAGGCACAUCCUAUGUCGUAUUCGAAGACGUAAUGGAUGCGAAGAUGGCAUGCGACAAGUUGAACGGCUUCAACUUUCAGAAUCGCUAUCUCAUUGUGCUCUACCACCAGCCAGAGAAGAUGGUCAAAUCGAAAGAAGAUCUAGAGGCUCGCAAGGACAACUUAGAACAGCUCAAAAAACAGCACGGGAUCGAAUAA